CAUUCAUUUUCUUUUAAUUUGAUUUGACUUAUGAAAUUAUUUGCUUCUUGGUAACAUUCUUAACUUUUUGCAGGAUAUAUUUUUUUGCUGUUCCUCAACUCUGACCCUUUCUGCGGGGGAUUCCAAUUCAUCGAAUUUGCUUGUUUUUUGUUACUAUACUGUAUACAUACAGUCCACAUAAUUAUGCAGUCUUGUGUGUGUCAAAUUCAAUGUACUGUGUCAGUGCAUGCGGGGGGUACAUUCAUCACCUUUAGUGAUAGCUCUCGUUAACUUUGGAUCCUCGAAACCAUCAGUAAUGUUGCUCAUUCCCUUAAAGCCUGUAGCAAUCAUAGUCAUUGCAUUCAUCUAGUUUCAUAACAGUGAUACAGACACAGACCUCAAGGCAUUAUUAUUGUUUUAAAUAUACAUUUCAAUUUUUUUCUCUUUUUUUUUCUCUUCAAUAUUGAAGCUUUCCAAGACAUUGUAAGGAUGUCCAUUUUGAUAAAUGCUACAUGCAUGAUCUAAAUUUUUUAGAAUUUUAUUGUAUGUUUAUAUCUAGAUUAUGAUGAUCUGCCGUAUACCAAGAAGCAUGACAUAGAUGAGCUAUACAGGGUGAUUAAAGAAUGGCACAUGGCAGGAUUCGGUCAGGUUCUCCCAGGUAUACAGCAUCCAGACCUGUUACCUAGGUUACGACCAUAUCAGCAGCAAGCUAUCACAUGGAUGUUGGAAAAAGAAAGACAUGUACAAGUUAAGGAUAGUUCUGAAGAUGAUCUGCAUAUACUAUACAAGAAGAUUGUAACGAUGGAUGGUCAGACGCUGCAUUUUCACAAAUAUGCUGGGGUAUGUUUGCUGGAGCGUCCCUGUUGUGUCCCUGCCCCUCCUGGUGGUAUAUUAGGGGAGGAGAUGGGUCUGGGGAAAACCGUAGAGGUCCUGGCAUGUAUGCUUCAUAAUCCACGGGAAACUGUUCCACUACCAGAUCCACUACCAGUUGUUGAAGACCUGGUUGAGGUAGAAACAGGUAACAAAAAGAAGAAGAGAAAAAGAAAGAGGAAAAGGAUCAGUUCUUUCUCAUCAGAUUCAGAUGAUGAUACACUUAUUUAUUCUGAUUUGAAUAAUGAAAAAGUGUCACCUGAUCUAAAUUCAGAAACAAGUAACCAAUCAGAUUGCAGAGACUUGAAAAGAAUGGACCAAUCAAAUCACAAUGAUUUAAAAACUGCAGAGAAUGUUAGUGAUAAAAAAACUGACUGUGAUAUAGAUACAGAGGGUCAAAGUGGUUCUAGAAUCAGAAAUGAAACAGUCUCUGGUCAUACAAAAGAAUUUAAGAAUAUUUUCACAGAAAGGCCAGAGGUUCAUAAGGCAGAAUUUGAAUGUUUAUGUGGUGCUACAGGCUUAGAGGCACACAGAGGUAGAAGGAAGAGGAAGCAUGCAGUCCAGUGUACAAAAUGCCAUCUGUGGCAGCAUGCUGAAUGUGUCAACUAUGAUGUAAAGGAUCCAUACAGGGGGGAGUUCAAAUGUCCACACUGUCAUGUUGCUUCGGACCCCAUUUCUUCAGGAGCAACCCUGAUUAUCUCACCUUUCUCUAUAGCUCACCAGUGGGUGGAGGAAAUAUUGAAACAUGUCAAAAAGGAGGCCAUCAACGUGUUUAUGUAUAAUGGUGUACAUAAACAAGGAUUUAUUCAGCCUCGUACCUUGGCCAAGCAGGAUAUUGUAAUAACAACAUAUGAAACACUUCGGAAAGAGAUAGACUAUGUAGAUCUUCCACAUUGUAACAGUUCUGAGGGUAGGAAGUUGAGAUAUGCAAAGAGGUUCAUGGCUAUACCAAGCCCUAUGACUGCUGUAGAAUGGUGGAGGAUCUGUCUUGAUGAAGCACAGAUGGUGGAAUGCACCACAACAAAGACAGCAGAAAUGGCAUUACGCCUGAGUGCAAUAAACAGAUGGUGUGUCACAGGUACUCCUAUACAGAAAAGUAUAGAUGAUCUGUACGGACUUUUACUGUUUCUUGGUGUGGAUCCAUACUGGGUACAUAUGUGGUGGAAUAAACUCGUCUUCACACCAUUUUGUCAUGGUUUUCCGAAUGCAAUGCAUGACCUGCUCACUUCUGUUCUAUGGAGAACUGUGAAAAAUGAUGUCCUGGAUCAGAUUAACAUACCAAAGCAGACUGAUGAAAUUCAUUGGUUGACAUUUUCACCAGUAGAGGAACAUUUCUACAGGAGGCAGUACAGAGAUUGUGUGAGGCUCUCCAUGGAGAGGUUAAGCAAGUGGACUGAUAGUAAUAUCAGGUUGAGUAGUCUGGACAGACAUACUGUUAGUCAGUUAUUGUAUCCAUUACUGCGACUGAGACAGGCUUGCUGCCAUCCACAGGCUGUUAGAGGGGAAUUUCUACCUAUUCAUAAAAGUACAAUGACAAUGGAAGAAUUGCUGGAAUCUCUGACAAAGAAAGCUAAGCUUGAGGCAGAGGAAUCCCACAGGGCUCUGGUAGCUGCCAUGAACGGAGAGGCAGGAUUACAUAUCAUAAAUGAGCAGUUUGUUGAAGCUGUAGAGAAGUACAGGGAUGUUCUAAGAUCAGUUGAAGAGCACAAAGACACUUUGAAAACAGACAGUCUACAACAGUUACAUGCCAUGUAUAACCUGCACGAGAUUCUCAUGUCCAAACCAGAGGGAGUGGAUCCCACACUCAGAGACCACCAGUUGUCUAAACAGAUAGAUGAAUUACGUGAUAAAUAUAUGGCAAAAGCUGUGGCAUAUGCGAAAAGCACAGAGGAGGCACUGGUUCCAUUGCAGCUCGAUGUUAAACAACUUCAAAGAGAGUUCAAGGAUUCUAGUGAAUGGUGGUUAGAGGUGAUACAAUGGGCUAUAGACCGUGACCUUGAUGAUAAUCUUGUUCUCAAGGUCAGGGAUGACCUGCUUGAUAACAGAAACCCACAAAUCAAUACUCUAGUCAGAAGUUGUCGUUCUGCGGCUGGACUGGAAUAUGCUGUAAAUAGCCAACUAUCUGGAAUGGAGGCUGCCUAUAAGGCAGUACAGAAAGCAAUGAAAGGAUUAGAGGGUAAACCCUCACAGGACCUUAUCAACAAGACAGUGGAAUGUUGCUUAAGACCUGUUGAUGAAAUCCUGAAAAUUUGUCCAUUCUGUCAGUCAGAGGAAAUAUUUGAGACUUAUGAAGCAAAACUUUUCUCCUUUGUUGAAAAAGGUAUAGACAGUCACUUAGAUCACCUUGGUUAUCAGGUGAACACAAAGAGGCAGGGUACCUGGGCAGAUAGUGAGGCAGAAAAAGCUCUGAAAAGUAUAUUAUCCUUUGCUAAGCAUUACAGGGUAUCAGAUGAGUUGAUAGAGAAUGGAACAACCCAUAUCAAACUGCUUGAAGCACUGAAGAAAGAAUUCAAGAAACUGAGAGCACACUGGGCAGGUAUCAAAGAGCAUGUAGCAAGCUUUGAUGAGUUGGACAUGUCAACAACAAGGCUUAGACUCCGCCUUCCUGAUGAACCUGUCCCAGAAACACCACAGCUAAAUAUCCUGGAAAAAACUGAGCUUUCACAACACAAGCUUAAGCUGGCAUCUGACAGAAUUGUUGCCCAGGGAGAGUUGAGAAAAAAGCAGGGGCAGUUACUCUAUCUGACUAACCUUGCUAAGAACCAGACCAAUAACAAAGAUGGGACCAAUCCGGAGCCAUGCCCUAUCUGUCAGCAGGAGUUGGGAAAAGAGUGGAGUGUAAUGCAGUGUGGUCACUGUUAUUGUAUUGAGUGUAUACGUAUCCUUGUGGAACGAGCCAGUUUUGGUCGGAGAAACUUCUCAGUUAAAUGUGCCGUAUGUCGACAGAGUACACACCAAGGUGAAAUAUCCUAUGUGAUGACUUCUCGUGAGCUUCAACCAGAUGAUGUUGGCGUGAAGGGCAGUCACUCUACUAAAGUUGAAGCUAUUGUAAGAUGUUUGUUACAAAUCCAGCGAGAAAAUCCCAAAUCUAAAUCACUGGUCUUCUCAACGUGGACUGAUGUGCUGAGUGUAAUAGCAACAGCUUUAGAGGAAAAUGACAUCAAAUACAAGGCUCUGUACUCUGCUGGCAAAUUUCAGGAAAAUCUGGCUUCAUUCAGGCAAGAGGAAGAUGUUACCACAUUGUUGUUACCAGUGCACUCAGGUGCCAAUGGUUUGAAUCUCAUAGAAGCCACCAACGUGUUACUGGUUGAGCCAAUACUGAACCCAGCACAGGAACUUCAGGCUAUUGGCAGAGUGCAUCGUAUAGGACAAACAAAGUCAACACAUGUCCACAGGUUUUUGAUCAAGCAUACCAUAGAGCAGAAAAUGAAUGUUUUACUGGAGUCGAUGGACAAGCACAAUGUUUUAGAGAAGUCGGAAGAAAGUGGUUUAACAAUUGGUGAUCUGUCUUCAUUGUUCAAUCAGCAAAUGGAGGAGGAGGACCGUGAAGGGGUCCAUAGCUUGGAUGAAGAAGAGGGUUCGAGCCCCAGGUCAAACACCGAGGUGCCAAGUAGCAGCAGGUCAGACUCCGAGGUGCCAAGUAGCAGCAGGUCAGACUCUGAGGUGCCAAGGAGCAGCAGUAUUCAGCAGGAUGCUACAGAACCAGUCUGUUGUGCCAGUUCUAGCUUGCAGUUUGAUUCUGCUGGCAAUAGUGAGGCAGUGACAGCUGGUGUAAGUGGUCACAGUACAAGAUCUGCUACACAUGUUGAAUCUGAUGGUUUAAGUGAAGUUAAUUUGACAAGUAGCAGUCAAGAUGAGAUGACAAGUGAGACUACCAGUUCUAGUGUACAGUUUGGAUCAAGUUUGGAAAAUGACAUAGGUAUUGGAGACAGAAGUCAGGCAGUAAUGUCUAUUGAGGGUACCAAUUUCAUUAAACAGUUUGGAUUAAGUCAGAGAAAGGGCACAGGUUUGCCAGGUAAUAGUCAGACAGGGAUGGCUAUUGAGGGUACCAGCUCUAAUAUAGGGCAUGGAUCCAGUCAGGAAAAUGACACUGGUUUGUCAAGCAUUGAUCAACUAGAAGAGAUGACUACUGAGGGUACAAAUCCCAGUAUACAGGUUGGAUUCAUUCAGGAAAAUGACAUCGAUUUGACUGACAGUAGCCAGACAAAAAUGACAAAUGAGGGUACCGGCUCUAGUAUAGGGUAUGGAUCCAGUCAGGGAAAUGACAGCCGUUUGCCAUGCAGUAGUCACUUGGACUUGACUGGUCCUCAUUGUGGAAGUAACAGUUUCAGUUGUGACCCUGGAUCCAGUCAGAGAAACGAUACAGGUUUAUUGGGCAGUAUUUCAGGAUCAGAAAUGACUGGUUUUCUUUCUCAAAGUACCAGUUCCAGUUCUCAGGUUGUUGCCAGUUGGGUAGGAGAUACUGUCUUGACAGACUGUAGUCAGACAGAGAGUGUUAGUUUGUUCGGUCAAAGUAGUAGUUCUAAUUCUCACAUUGUGACUAAUCAUGGAGACGAUACAAAAACGUCUAAGUUGCUUGAUUCUGAAGAUGUUCAGGAAAGGGAAAAAGGACCAUUUUGUGCAGACACAGAAUUGCCAGGCACAAGUUGCGGCUACAGUGAAACAGGGGAUGCAAAUGAUUAAACCUAAUAUAACAGAGUACGGUUAUUUGACUCAAAUGUUGAUAUGAAAAGGAGAAAGGUGAUUUACUAAAUUUUGUAGUUAAUCGGGGAUUUAAUGCUGACAGAUACAGUGCAUGUGGUAAUCACAUAGAUAAAAAACAAAACUUUUAACAUUUAAUAAGAUUCCGGUAAAGAGUUUUAAAGUGUAUUAGGAUUAGUUAUACAUAUAGAACUAUUAAAACUAUGGAAAUCUUUAUAAAAAAUGACAGAUUGGACUUGUUCUAGCUUAAAUAAAGUCUGAACAAACUAUCACUGACCAUGUUUAGGGCAAAUAGGACUACUGAGGUCACGAGUUGUCGCAGACUUCGAAUGAUAUGCUCUUACCACUGUUUGAAACCUUGCCUGGGUAUUAGGACUCUUUCAUCUAGCUGGCUUGCAGAAAGUCGGUGGUUCAAUACUCUGGUGCUAAACACCUGAAAUGAUGCAUGGAGUGGCACCUUUCUCCAUUAACAAAAGUUGGGAAGUGGCCAUAUUACUUUGUGCCGGUGUGACAUUAAACAAAACAAACAAACAGAUAGGACCAACUGAUGUGUGUGAUUGAAACAAGGCUGGUACCUUGUAUAGACUAUGUCCAUGUUAAGAUAAUUAGAACAUUUAGUUAUUGUUGGGUACCGAUUAUAUGAGCCGUGCUAUGGGAAAAUCAACAUAGUGGCUUUGCGACCAGCAU